ACCUUGUCGACAUAAUUAGUCCUUUACUGGACAGGUUCCGGCGGUUCGGGUUGGUGCGGAUAUGUGCGCUGAGAUGAGGCGUAGGAAAAGUGUUCGGUUUAAUUAUACGUACGGUUGAAGUUUUAGUUUGACUGAAUGAAUGGGAGUUAAUGCAAUGUCCAAAUAAGGAUAGCAGGUUAUGUGUGUGUGAGUGAGAGAGGGACGGAGAAGGAGAGAGAGAAAGAAAGAAAGGGAGAGAGCGAUAGAGAGAGAGACGUCCGGAUUGUAAUGCUGAGCUCUCACUGGGAAGAGCGAAGACUGUCCCACUAAUUUCCCUCCUGCUUCCCAGAGCCCUCUCCACUCGGACGGAUCCGCAUCUGAGGCGCGUCGCGCCGGCUGAAGCGGAGCUUCACUGCGGCGUUGGAGUUUCUCGUAUAUCGGAUAUAUUCUGACAUACAUGGAUAUCCCGAUGAGCCUCUUUUCACACAUGAUGCAAGAUGGACUCACCAAGCAAGAAUAGCAACAGGAUAAUGUGAAAGUGAUAAAAAUAAGUGUGAGAAGUUGAAUCUGAAGGAAACAAAAAAGAGAGCGACUUCAACUCACCCAAACCGCUGAUGCCUCUGGCGACUCUGAGCUCAUGUUGUGUCCUUGCUGGGAUAAACAAGUGGCCUGGCCAAAGAGCACAGUGUUUCUACACACAUUAAAGCCCACACAGGAUGUCGUGGGCCAGAAGCCUCUUCGUAGGCAGAGAGGAUGACCAAAAGACGGCAUGGGGAGAGCGCAAUGGCAAGAAGAGGAAGGACAGCUCAUCACUAUGCAACCCACGUUACAUGAGCUGCCUGAAGGACUCGGAGGACUCAGAAGUCCCCAAUGUUUCCCCCCAGUAUUACCACUGUGAAGCAGGUGCAAGUGGGGGCAACUUUGGCCUGAGGUGUGGCUGGCAGGAGGACCACUAUGGGAAAAGGGUGGUUGGUGUAGGAAGUCCCUGCGUGGAGGAUGGAGAGCUGAAGGACAAACCAGAAGAGGAAGUAGGGGAAUUAGCAGGGAGAAGGUGUAAGAAGAUGACUGCUGCAGACUGCUGGAGAUGGCUUAUGUGGGUUUUUCAAUCCAAAAAAUUUCAGUCUGCCAAGCUGGAACGCCUGUACCAGCGCUAUUUCUUCAGACUCAACCAGAGCUCCCUCACUAUGCUAAUGGGGAUGCUGGUGGUAGUGUGUGGAGUCAUGAUUGCUUUCCACUGUGUCCACUCUGAACUUAAUGUGGCCUACAUCUUAGUGCUGUCAGUGGCCACGACUCUCUUUCUGGCCUUGAUGGUCGUGUGCAACCGUAACAGCUUCCAUCAAGACUACAUGUGGAUUGUGAGCUACCUGGUGAUCGGGGUUCUGAUAGUCCUGCAGGUUUCUGGGGUGCUGACUGUGUCCCCCCGCAGUGCCUCAGAGGGGCUUUGGUGGACGGUCUUCUUCGUCUAUAUUAUCUACACUCUGUUGCCUGUCAGAAUGAGAGCUGCUGUACUUAGUGGGACUGUGCUGUCCACCGUUCAUAUUCUCAUCGCCUGGCACAUCAACCAGGAGGACAAGUUCAUUCUCAAACAGACAUGUGCCAACGUUCUGAUCUUCCUGUGCGCUAACAUCAUCGGGAUCUGCACCCACUAUCCAGCUGAGGUCUCCCAGAGACAGACCUUCCAGGAGACGAGAGGAUAUAUUCAGGCCAGGCAGCACCUGCAGAGGGAGAACCAUCAGCAGGAACGGUUGCUGCUAUCUGUUUUGCCGAGGCACGUUGCAAUGGAGAUGAAGGCAGAUAUCAACGCCAAGAAGGAAGACAUGAUGUUUCACAAAAUCUACAUCCAGAAACACGAUAAUGUGAGCAUACUGUUUGCCGACAUCGAGGGCUUCACCAGCCUGGCGUCUCAGUGCACGGCCCAGGAACUGGUCAUGACGCUGAACGAGCUGUUUGCCCGUUUCGACAAGCUGGCCUCGGAGAACCACUGCCUGCGCAUCAAAAUCCUCGGAGACUGUUACUACUGUGUAUCGGGUCUGCCCGAGCCCCGGGCUGAUCAUGCCCACUGCUGUGUGGAGAUGGGAGUAGACAUGAUUGAAGCCAUUUCGCUGGUAAGAGAAGUGACAGGUGUUAAUGUGAACAUGCGGGUGGGCAUUCACAGCGGACGCGUGCACUGUGGGGUGCUGGGCCUGCGCAAGUGGCAGUUUGACGUCUGGUCCAAUGACGUGACGCUCGCCAACCAAAUGGAGGCCGGGGGGAAAGCAGGACGUAUCCACAUUACCAAAGCCACCUUGCAGUACCUGAAUGGGGAUUAUGAGGUAGAACCAGGAUACGGAGGGGAGAGGAAUGCUUACCUGAAGGAAAACAACAUCGAAACCUUUUUGGUGCUUGGCUGCAGCCAGAAAAGAAAAGACGAGAAAGCCAUGAUGGCCAAAAUCCAACGAACCCGUGCAAAUUCUGCAGAGGGCCUGAUGCCCCAUUGGGUGUCUGAUAGAGCUUUCUCCAGAAGUAAGGAGUCUAAAGUCUACAAGAAGAUGGGCAUUGACGCAGCGUCCAGCAAAGAAAACCGCUGCAGUCAGGAAAACCAGAACUCUGAGGAUGAGGUGGAUGAUUUUCUUGCACGAGCCAUCGAUGCACGCAGCAUCGACCAGCUGAGGAAAGAUCACGUCAAGAAGUUUCUGCUCACAUUUCAGGCACCCGACCUAGAGAAAAAGUACUCCAAAAAGGUGGAUGAUCGUCUGGGCGGUUACGUGGGAUGCACUCUGCUUGUCUUCUUCUGCAUCUGUUUCAUUCAGAUGAUAAUUUUCCCAAAAACAACACUUAUGCUCGGUCUUCACAUUAGCAUCUUCAUCAUCCUCGCCAACAUCCUUUUCAUCUGUGCCAUCUAUUCCUGCCUCAAACGCUUCCCAGCUGCCUUCCAGACACUCACCAAGAAAAUAAUCCAGUCUCGGGCAAACAGUACGCUGGUGGGCAUCUUCACCAUCCUUCUUCUCUUCAUCUCUUCUUUCGCUAAUAUGUUUACCUGCAGCAGAGAGAAACUGUACGACUGUGUAGGACGGGAACUGAACACAACAGUGACUCUGUGCCUGCUGCACAACCUCACCAGGACAGCAGAGGAUGGCCUGACUCUGUGCUCCAGUCAGGUGAUGCCCUGCCAUUUACCUGAGUAUUUCAGCUACAGCGUACUGCUGACCCUGCUGGCCUGCUCCGUGUUCCUGCACAUCAGCAGCAUCGGGAAGCUGGCUCUGAUGCUGCUCAUCUAUCUCGUUUUCCUCCUGCUGGUGGAGUGGCCUCAGGUGACCCUGUUUGACAACGCUGACCUGCUGGUCAUUGCCAACAAUCUGCAAUUACCACCUGUUAAUGAUUCCCUGCAACAAUCUGGUUUCAGUGAAACUGCAGAACAGUGCCUGGGGGUUAUGACCAAAGUGCCCCUCAGGGUCAUGACCCCCAUAAUCCUGCUGGUUUUUGUUCUGGCUCUCUAUUUGCACGGCCAGCAGGUGGAGUCCACCGCACGUCUCGACUUCCUCUGGAAGUUGCAGGCCACAGAGGAGAAGGAGGAAAUGGAGGAGUUACAGGCCUACAACCGACGCCUGCUGCACAACAUCCUGCCCAAAGACGUGGCCGCCCACUUUCUUGCGAUGGAGCGGCGAAAUGACGAGCUGUACUACCAGUCGUGUGAGUGCGUCGCUGUCAUGUUCGCCUCUAUCAGCAACUUCUCCGAGUUUUACGUGGAGCUGGAGGCAAACAAUGAGGGGGUCGAGUGCCUCAGACUGCUUAACGAAAUCAUCGCCGACUUUGACGAGAUAAUCAGUGAGGAGCGGUUCCGUCAGCUGGAGAAAAUCAAAACAAUCGGCUCCACCUACAUGGCAGCUUCGGGCCUCAACGACACCACCUACGACAGAGAGGGCCGCUCACACAUCCUGGCUCUGGCUGAUUACGCCAUGAGGCUUCGAGAGCAGAUGAAGUACAUCAAUGAGCAUUCCUUCAACAACUUCCAGAUGAAGAUUGGGUUGAACAUGGGGCCUGUUGUGGCAGGGGUGAUUGGCGCCAGGAAACCCCAGUAUGACAUCUGGGGAAACACAGUUAAUGUGGCCAGCCGAAUGGACAGCACUGGAGUACCGGACUACAUACAGGUGACCACCGACUUGUACCAUGUGCUGGCCAACAACGGAUACCAGCUGGACUGUCGAGGUCUUGUCAAGGUGAAAGGGAAGGGGGAGAUGACCACCUACUUCCUCACCAGUGGCCCGCCGGGUAGUUAAUGACAGAGGCAGCCUGACCACACGGUGACUCCCACUGCGCUGAAACGGCAAGGACUGCAGAGAGACUGAGCGUUCGGCUCAGCGAUGGGUGCCGGGGACAAGAUGCGGUUGUCGGAGAGAUGAGUCCGUUUCUUGUCACAUUCUCAGAUUGAAGGCUUGUCGCGAGCUGCCCGAUAAAUGAUGAAUCCCAGUGGCCUUAGGAAGGAAGCAGCGACGCUUGUGUUUAUGAGCAAUAGUAAAAGUAUACCAUCUGGAGUCAUUAUUUAUUUUUGUGAGAAACUAAGCAAUCUUUCUUAGAAGAAAAUUAUGCAAGGACAACAUGAAGGAGAAGAAUAACCAAAGAACAAAUAAAUGACGAUUCCGUUCAACACUAUAAUAAACUAUAUAAGCUAUAUUGUUCCUCUUUUUCAGAGAGCGAAGGCCACGGUAACUUCUCUGAACUGUUUUUAACAAAGGAGAGCGCACAUGCACAGAUACGCAGAAGGAAAACGGCAACGACAGCAACCUUUGCUCUGACCUUUCUGUUUCUAAUCAGGGCUUUCUUUGUUCCCUCCAACCUGCAAUUAGUUUAUGGUCCACUCAAACACGCGGCUGAGCGUCGGGCCCUUGUGGCCCCGGAAGAAGAUGUAGGAAACAGAAAAAUGGUUUGACCUGAAGAAUGAUUGUAUAAACCAUUUUUCUACAGUUGUGUCUGCGUCCUGCGUGUACUGGUGUGAGCUCUGAAGCUCGCUCUGUUGAGGGGCAGACAGAAAACUUUUCACUGUGAGAUUUCUAAGAUACUGUACGACAAUGCUUUCUUGCCAAACUGUUUUCUGCAAAUCAUGUUUUAUGUUAUUCACUACAGUUGAGUGUCCAUUCCUGAUUGUUUGUGUCAAGAUUGAUCUUUUGAAGAUUAUCAUGUCCCUCUGCGCCUUCACUGGGCUGUGAUUUAUUAACUGAUUUCAUUCCAAAUGAAAUAAGCGUGGUUUAGUUGGAACUGUGUUAAAGGUAAGCUGACUUGCUGACAGCUUCAGGAUUAUUUUUAUGCAGAAAUUCUCCUUCUGCUCUAUAUUGCCUUGAUAUUAUUCAGCACUAAUGUUUGCAUUCUUCAUGGCCCAAUAUUCACAACCUUACACAGCAGUAUUUGACACUAAUUUCUAGUUUAAGCACCCAUGAAAGAAGUGUUGUUUGAAACAUUAAUCAAAUGAAUGUAUGCAAAAAUUAAAAUUUUUAUCUACUGCGAGGUGAUUAAAAAAAAUACAUUCUGGUUAUUCAAAUUCCCAUAUUAGAAGCCCAGCAGUUUAGAUGGAAUAUUUUCUAUUUUAAAAAAGCUUUAUACUCUGUUGAUGUGCUUCUGUUUCUGUCUUGGCACCAAAAUGCCGCAAAACAGUCACUCGUUGCUCGCUGUCCUUAUGAAAACCCAAGUAAACACUGUCUCAUCUUCAAUUAGUGCAACUACAGAUAGAGUUGGAUUUUCCUAGAAUAAGAAAUCAAUAAAUAGCUUUUUUCCAUUGCCUUGCCUCAUAUGGUUUUGUUGUUGCACGUAUGAAGAACAACAAAGAAGGAAAAGAGCAAAUGUUUUACAUAAUGCAUCUUUCUAAGUAAUAAUAAGCACUAUUGGUAAAGAUGUGUAUGAUGCCUUAAAAUACAUUCAAGUUGGAAAAAUGAGACUAGCUAGCUAUUUGGUUAACUAUUUCUGCAACUAUCAAAUAAAUGUAACAUUAUUUUUAACUUGAUCAAAGUGUUGAUGGUCUUUUGAUUACUACUCAGUACUCAUGUAGCAACGUUCAAAGUUAGUAUCCCGAUUAUUGGGGGCAAGUUAAUCAAUUUUAUCAAUGUCAUUUGUUAAAAUUGUGUUAAGUCUAUUUUAACUAUUUCAGUCUGAAUGUAAUUUACUAAGACAGUAGUGGUAGUAGCAGAAGUACUAUUACAUAAUAAAUUUAACAAGUGCCCCUCAUUAAAUGCCUGUGUGCAUACUGCUGUGUUUUUAAAAGUUGCUGUAUGCUGUUUUAAUUGGCUUAAGAUAUGCCUUUUUCUCAGUUCAUUGGCUGUACUGACCCCUUUAACAAACUACACUCCCGGACGGACCUCCUUCAGGCCAAAACUUUCAGAUUACUUUGGCAGCCUUGCCAAAUAUUAGCAGACCGUUGGCUGCGAUGCUAGCAGCCCAUCAAAUAUGAAAGUUGGAAACAAGUUAAACAGGAAAAGCAAGACCAUUCUGAAUACAUGCAAACAUCCAGCUGAAUGUUAUCCGUUGGUCGCUAAGCAGCUGGCUGGCAACAGAGAUCUGUUUUCUUCUGCAAGUGCUGAAGAGAAAAAUAUCUUUAAAAACAAUUCCUUGCACAGUCCAAAAGUCUAAAUUAUAGCUGGAUAAGAGGCCAGCUUCUUUUCAUCAGUGAGGAAGAUUAUAAGAACGUUAACAAUCACUAAAACCUCAUUAUUGGAGAACUGAAUCAAACAAGGGGAUCUUAGGUUCACAGAGUCUAGAAUCAGCUUUAAAGCUGUCUACAUUGCCAACCAGGUUAUUCUGAGAAAUGCCAGGUAAAAACCAUUUUCCAUCCCACGGUCAUAUGUACACAUGUAGAGUUUGCAAAAGGCAGCUGAGAGUUUGACUCGACAUUGUGUUUUCGCAAUAUCACACUAAGAUUGAACAAACCAGUAAGGUGAAUAUAUGGAAAAGCACAUCAUGCACACCGUUAAGCAUAGUAGAGGAACUGUGAUUUCCUGUGUGACUUUUCUAAAACCACACAGGAAAUUGUGAGACAUUUAAAAUGCAAAAUCUACAAGAAACAGAAAAUUGUUUGUCACUGGUUCUUUAACAGGAUAGCUAACCAAAAAUGUGUGGUUAAAUCAACCUACAAAUAGUUCAAAAGACACAAAAGUAAUCAUCUCAUUUCAAUGUCCAGGCCCAGGAUACAUGUGGUGAAGAGGAGAUCCGAGGAAGCAACCCAAUAAUCCAGACAAUUAUAAACAGGAAAAGAUCCUUUUAUGAAAUCUUAAGUGCUGUCAUGAUGAAAAAAACAAAAAAUGUUGAACAAAGUAUUAACAGCACUGAAUAUUUGUUUUUCCCAUCAUUCUUUCAGCGAGUUUCUCCAACUGCUACAGAAGGUUAAUUUAUUCUAAGGCUUAAUAUUAUUGCCAAGGCUGCCAAUAAAUGUGGAUGGCGUUGUAACUCA